CACUGUUGGCCAUGGUAAUGUUUCAGUGAGAGAGAAGACUCUGAAAGGAGCAGUUUCUCUUGGAAAAGCUGGGAGUGUAUACAGUAUGGCUGUGACUGGGGAUGAGACAGAAACAGGCACCCCUGGUGACCUGACUGGCUGCCAGCUGCGUAACCCCACUUCCAGCCUCCCUCAGGGUGUCGCAGGGCCCAGUGCUCACAGCUCCCAGAAACUUAUAGAGGAUGCCUUACAGAAGAGGGAGCUGCGCUUGAUGAAGAACAGGGAAGCUGCCCGUGAGUGUCGGCGGAAGAAGAAGGAAUAUGUCAGGUGCCUUGAGAAUCGCGUGGCCGUGCUGGAAAAUCAAAAUAAGACUCUGAUAGAAGAGCUUAGAGCCUUAAAAGACAUCUAUCGUCACAAAGUGGAGUGAUGGGGAAUCGGGAUUGUGUGGACUGUGUCGGUUUGUUUCUGUGGCCCAUCUUGAGGACUCUGUGUACCUAUACACGCAACGCACUCCAACGAACACACACCCUUUGUAGUUGCUGAUUAAAUGUGUUUACACGAUGAUAUCAGUGUUUCAGGCUCUGAAUUAUCCAUACACCAGCAGCAGCUGAAAUAAGCAGCUUGUUUCAGGAGAUAUCAGUGAGUAUUUGUGAGCCAGGCUUCUAGAGGAAGUAGGCCCUAUGUGGAUCAGAAUGUCCAACAGCGGAGGUUAAACCUGAACGUGUCAGCAAUGCCUUUGCGUUACCUUAACCGCAUUGCGUUUUACAUUCCUUUACAAUAUUAUGAUGUGGGUCUGUUCAAAUACUCCAUUAAUCGGUAGUCUUUAUGAUGGCUUUGUUUGGAGGACUGUUCAGGGAGAAAAAUGCUGCCAGAAGCCAAAUUUUCAAACAUCAGGGUUCAUGUGAUCUUCAGGGCUUCACAAAGUUUGUGGGGUUUUUUUUUUUUAAAUUUUGUUUGAUUUUAGAAGGUCCGAUGCCUCUAACCAGUGGCAUUAUUAUUUAUUUGGGGAGGUUUUGCUGCACAUUGUUCUAUAUUUUUGGGAUAUUGCAGCAUAGUUGAGUGUAUGUUUAGAAAAAAUAUCUGUUUUUGAAGCAUUUGCAUUAACUUGUCGUUUCUUUUUUUUGUUCCCUUUGCAUCUGUAUCUGUGAUUAAAUUUAACACUCUAUUCGUGAGACAGUUGCUCAUUUGUUUUUAAUGACAUAUUAGCUGCUGGAUUCUUGGUGUUUGAUUUCUCCUCUGCAGCACGUUAAGAAUCGUCAGAACCCAUGUGAAGGCCUUUUGGAAUGUUUUCACUUCAAUAAAAUUCUCA